AGACAUACAGUGCAGUAGGUCUUCUGGUCUUUGUUGAGAGAGAAAGAGGACGAGAGAGAGAUUGAUUUCUCAGCUUGAAAUUGAUUUUAGAACAGCUUACUCGAAGGAUAAUAUUUGACUUCAUCUUAGUGUAGUAAGCGGAUAAGCAGACCAAAGGAGACAAUAAUCAUGCCUGCUCCUUCCUCAGCAACCUCAGUGGGCUCUGGUGGCCGUGCUCCAUCCAGCGGAGCUUCACCCAGAUCAGCAGGCACAGUUAGGCGGAGAACCACAGCGAGCUCCAGCGGCUCUUCACCUCGCGCACCCCAGCAGAACUCCGCUGGCAUGUGGCGAUUCUACACAGAAGAUUCUCCCGGCAUAAAAAUUGGCCCAGUUCCCGUCCUGGUCAUGAGCCUUCUCUUCAUCGCAUCCGUCUUCCUGCUCCAUAUCUGGGGCAAAUACAGCCGAUAGAUAGUAAUUUUCUCUAGGAAUCAAACUUCAUACCCUCCUCAUGUCCAUGUAAAUACCAACCCGUGGCCUUCUUCUGUAAAGCGGUUGCUGUUUUUUUGUUUUGUUUUUUUAUUUUAUAUUAUUGCUGUUAGAUAUCUCAUCAUUUCUUCAUUCAUACCUACUUUAUUUCAAGGAUUCUCGAAAAGUAAAUGGAUACUUUA